AGAUCUUCGUCAGAUGAAAGAGUAAACCUUAGAAAACUCAACCUAGGCUCAAACAGACUCGAGAAGGGUGAAUCAAAUGAAGUAGUUAAGGAUCGCAAACUGAAGCUCACAAGGGAAACUCAGUCUGUAACCAAAGAAGGGAAAAGAGCGAACAAGGAAAACAUCAAAGAGAUAAGUAAUGAAGUUUUGAGUAAUAAUCCAAGUAGGACAACGGUAAAUGCAAUGGGUUCUGAUGAUCAAGUAGAUGUUGGAAAGCUUGGGG